AUGGUCGACCUCACCAAGCUAUCUGAUCAGUUUGUGCAGUCCGACUUUAGCUCAAUCCCUAUCAUUAACCUCAAAGAUGCUCAAUCUCCUUCGCGGGAGAAGCGACAAGAUCUUGCAGAUCAGAUCCGAGAUGCAUGUCUUAAUACUGGCUUCUUCUACAUUACGAAUCAUGGAGUACCUCUUGACGUGGUGAAUCGGACUUUCGCGCAAAGUCAUGCUUUCUUCGACCUACCACCGGGAGUCAAAAAAACAGUAGACAUCAACAAAUCCGAGAAUUUUAGAGGAUAUAUGGGUCUCUUGACAGAGAAUAAUGAUCCAGCGAACAAGGGAGAUAUGCAUGAGGCUUUCAACAUGGGACUUGAUCCGCUAGUAGCUCCCGAAUCAUUCAAGCGGACUAAGAAGGAGGGCGAAUUACAGCAUUCAGAAAACCUUUGGCCGGAUGAAAAUGAUUGGGAAGAUGCAAAAGCGUUUAAACAAGCCAAUCUCGAUUACUAUCAGCAUGUGCUCGCUUUAGGUUAUAAGCUAUUCCCGCUCUUCGCCCUUGCCCUCAAUCUGUCAGAAGACUUUUUUGAAGACAAAACAUGCUUUCCCGCAGCUAUCAUGCGCAUACUCUUCUACCCCGCCUUAGGGGACAGAGAAGUUGACGAGCUUAUGCCCGGAAUCGGAGCACACACCGAUUUCGAAUGCUUUACGAUUCUAAGACAGGAUGAAGUCUCAGGAUUGCAGGUCCAGAAUAGAAAGGGAGAUUGGAUCGACGCAGUUCCUACACCUAACAGUUUUAUAGUAAACAUCGGUGAUCAGCUGCAACGUUGGACUAAUGAUAUCUUCGUGUCCACACGCCAUCGGGUGCUUCCAACAUUAGCCAAAGAUCGAUAUUCCAUCCCAUUCUUUUUUGGGUGCGAUCAUAAUGUCCCUCUGAUCCCUCCCGAUACAUGCGUAACUGAAGAUAGACACACGAGGUAUGAAGUGAUGACGGCCGGUGCAUAUGUGCAUAAGCGGCUAUCGGAAGUAUACUCUCAAGCCAAAAAUAAAUAG